AUGCCGCCUCCAGAUCACAGCUUCACAAUUAAAGGCAGAGGACCUUCUGCUGCUCCUACUACAAAUAUCUCUACCCAGGCCGCUGAAGGAGACUUGACAUCAUCCACACCAGAACUCCAACGAGAACUAGACCUUGAAGCUGAGCCUGACUGUCUCUCACUGCUACCUAGACUCUUCGCCGCAGUCUGGGAGCGCAUCCCUUCUUGCCGUGAUUCUCGACCAUAUCAACUUCUUGAAACAGCUAUCCUCAAGCAGGGUCGACUACUCUUUGACACCACCAUGUCAAAUCAAGUUCAGCUGAUGUCUUCGGACAAUGUACCUGUCUUGGUUGAACGCGAUGUCAUCGAGCGCUCAGUCCUUCUCAAGAACAUGAUCGAUGACCUCGGAGAGGCUGCGACUUCUGAGCCCAUCCCCAUCCAGAACAUCAACGAAGCUGUCCUCCGGAAAGUCAUUGAAUGGUGCACAUAUCACAAGGGCGAUCCUCCAGCCACCAACGAUGAUGACAACGACGUCCGCAAGAAGACUACCGAUAUUGACGAGUGGGACCAGAAGUUCAUGCAGGUCGAUCAGGAAAUGCUGUUCGAGAUCAUCCUUGCCGCCAACUACCUUGACAUCAAGGCUCUUCUCGAUGUCGGUUGCAAGACUGUCGCCAACAUGAUCAAGGGCAAGUCUCCUGAGGAGAUCCGCAAGACCUUCAACAUCCAGAAUGACUUCACCCCUGAGGAGGAAGACCAAAUUCGUCGGGAGAACGAGUGGGCCGAAGAGUAA